GAAACAUGUUGACGGGAUCGAAGACUGACUGGAUCGAAGAGUCUUCGUUCUUUCCCUCCCUUUUUCGCCGCAAUCGGUGUUCCAGUGUGUGUGUAACGCUUGUAAUUCGCUUCAUUCUGUUGGGUUCUUGCUAAAUCGGUCCGACAAGCGGUGUUGCGAUUGUGGGUCGGAAGCUCUUUGCAGUGAUGGCUUCAUUUGUUUGUUUGUUUGUUUGUCAGUGAAUUCGAUUUUUGGGUACUGCGGAGUGUAUCCAGUUUGCUCGCCACCUCUAGAAUUGAACUGGGUUACAAGGCAACAGGCAGGGAAUGAUUAGUUGAAGAGUGUUUGUGGCGGUUUAGUUACUGUAAUUGUUGAUGUUUGUUUUUGUUUCUGUAGUAAUUUUCUUCUUGCCUUCGAAUGCAGUGUUGGAACAAUGUGGUGCUGUAGCUUGAAUCAAGUGAGUGACUAGCUACUUGCUGCGUGGGCGCUCUUACGCGAAUUUAUGGAGAUAGUUUAGGGUUAGGAAGGAGAUUUGUUGGUGGAAGAAAUGGAAUGCAUGUUGUCUGGAAACCAGAUUAAGAGCCUCAACAGGGCUGUGAAUUGUCUGUAUCGCGUCGGUAGCGAGCUUCUCAUCGAGGUUCUUCCUGACAAGCUGUCAUUGCGCACGCUUAAUUCAGCAUGGUCCGCUUUUCUUUCGGUCAGUUUCAAGGGGCAAUUCUUCGACGCAUUCCAUGUGCACACACCGGCUGCCUGCAGUGUUUUGCUGAAGUCUGUGUGCACGGUGUUCCGGACACCGCCUGGCGCCAUGGAGAAUUUGACAAUUAUCUUAGCAGAUAAGGAUGCUAACAAACUUCAAUGGAAUAUCCAGUGUGCAAAUGGAAUUAGGAAAACAUACUGGAUCACCUGUAAUAAUAACACUGAAAUGCAAAAUGUGUUGGUGGAGAGGAACUCGUUCCCUAGCCACCUGGUCAUUAAACCCAGAGACCUCAGCAGACUUUUGGGUCAUUUUCAAUCUUCUCUCCACGAGAUUACGUUGAUUGCAACGGAGCCCAUAUCCACUGACAUGGAUCUCGACAGUGAAGCGAAAGCUAUUGAAUUGAAGAGCUACAUUGAUCCCGCAAGAGACGUGACAGAUGGAGCUCUUCAUACUCAGCUUUGGAUUGACCCCUCUGAGGAAUUGUCAGCUUAUACCCAUAAAGGACCACCGGUGGAUGUGACUUUCAGCGUUAAAGAACUGAAGGCGUUCAUGGCGUUCUGUGAAGGAGCAGAAGCAGAUAUGCACAUGUACUUUGACAAGGCUGGCAAACCUGUGCUCCUUGCACCAAGAUUUGGCUUGGACGAUUCAGCACAUAGCGAUUUUGAUGCAACUUUAGUUCUUGCUACGAUGAUGAGUUCGCAGUUACAUGGGGGAGAUGAGAGCACUGGUCAAGCUCUUGAUGCAGCUAAUCAGAAUAGUGCAGGUCCUAGUCCAAGAGAAGGAUCUCAAGGCGGCGCCAUAUCAAAUGAUUCCGCUCGAAGAGGCACUAUGACACCAGGAUCUGCUCAUAGGUCAGAUGAGACAGCCAUCUGGUCUGACUUAUCAGGCAGUGAAAGAAGAGCAAGUGUUUCUGAGCGAAGAACAAGCAUCAAUCAGCCCACACCAGCACCUCAUGCACCGCAGAAUUUCCAGGACAGCGAAGAUGCACGUCAAAAUCCACAGGACAGUGAGGAUGCUCGACAUAACCUACUAGACAGUGAGGAUGAACAUCGUAAUCUACCGGAUAGUGAGGAUGCUCGACAUAACCUACUGGACAGUGAGGAUGAACGUCGAAAUCUACCAGACACCGGGGAUGCCAGUGAAGAAAUUCCCACUUUGCAUAGACACGAGCCUGCAAGCGCAAGAAGAAAAAGACUCAGAAAACUUUUAGAGCGUGAUUCGUCACCUGAUGCAUCGCCUAUUCAAGUGUUUCCUGAAGCAGGUCUAAGGCCCUUGAGGGAACCGGAGGUUUUAGGCCGCGGGGGUGCAAGUUGGCAGGAGCCUCCAAGACACACGUUCCAACGGAAUGUGCCAGGAGGUCAGUCUGAGGAUGAAGUUCCACAUCCGAGAGGAACAACAACUUGGGAGGAUAAUUCAAGUGACGUUGAUUACGAUGACGACACAGGAGACGCUGAUGAUGAUUUCUGCGUUCCUACCACUCCUCCCGAAAGAAGGAGCCUUAUUGACUAGUAAUCCAGUCUGUACAUUAAAUGAACCUACUGUAGAAGUGAGCUGUCCAUAGCCCAGCAAGAACUCAUGUACAGAACAGGUACAAAUAGAGUGAUGUGGAAGGUAGAUAUGGCUACAUCAGGUCGAGUAUGGCUUCAUGGUAACCAUAUUACACUUAAGUAGAUACACAAGUUGAAAGGCACCUGCUCAUUAGAUAUUUUCAACUUCAAACAGGUGGACUAAAGAUGGAUUUUGCAAAAUCUUGCAAAACGGUCAGUUGGCCCAUCUUAAAGGUUCAUCAACGUCUUCUUGUAGCUCUUAAUGCAUGGAAGCAUGGAAGUAUUGCAACUGCGGGGUAAUGAAGAUGAAUGAUGCUCACAGUUGAAGGUUUGAGCAACUUGUUGAAUUGGCUUUA